ACUCAUCUCUUGGUAGCCAUGUUGGGGUGGUGACUCACAUAAAAACAUGGGAGGCAGGGAAGAUUGGCAAUGGAUGUUAGAAUAUUCCUUAGCAAAAAAGAAAAAAAAACCACGCAUGUUGUCACUUAAUUAACUGAUUUAUUUAUACUCUUUACUGGAUAUCAUGUACCUAUACAAUAUUAACUUAUGGAAAAAUUUAGAAAUAACAAGCACAGUUUUCCCAAGCAUUGGGUAGGAAACUAUCAUGGAAAUAUUACUAACAAGGCUAUUUUUGUGUUUCCUAAGAAUUAAAUUAUGAUGUAUAUAAUAAAUGGCACAAUGUGUCACAGUUCUAACUGUUGCCAGGCAACAAGGGCUCUGUCUUGUUUUGUUUUUUCUGUCCUGGUACCCUACUACCCUUUACUUACUUUGGUGGGGAAAAAUAUUUACCUUAAAAAGAAACAAAACCCACUUGAUCAAAAUUUUCAAAGCUAGAUCAGUAAAUUUAUGUUAGAUUGACCAAUCCUCAAUUAUUGGAAAUAUAAGAGUUUUAUAGUUAAAAAGAAAGGAGUCAGAAGCACUCAAUUUACAGUCAUCCAUAACUCUAAAGAGGAAAGCCAAGGAUAUGGAUUCACAGCACACACCUGGAAAGAUAAGUAUCUCUGAAAGGUUCAUCCUUUCAGGAAUAAAGCCUGUUGAAAAUAGAGAUUACCCACACUACUGUCAUCUCUUAAGAAAAAUGAACAUGCCUUUUGUGAAAGGAGUUGAGGACAGACAUGACUAUGGCAGAAUUGAAAAGAAAUGCAACCCUACAUUUCUUAAAUUUCAUCCUUAUCCCCCUUCGGUCCUGCCAGACUAUCAUUUACACCAUCCCUAUCCCCCACCGUAUGGACCAGAUUAUCCAUUAUUUCCACUUCAGGAUGAUGUACCCUUAGGUGAUUCCUGUUCAGGGUUUUUGAGUCCUGGUGGUGAUGCUGACUUAAAACCUGGAGUUGGCAGAACCAUACCAAGCCUGAUGGAUUUCAGUGAUGUGAAACCUCAACAUCGAGUUCCCAGGCCAGACACAGGAUUUCAAACGACACUUAAAAGGCAAAAAAUUUUAUUAGAAGAACUAAAACAAGACAGGAGAUGGAACUCCAGGGCGACAUCAGACAUUUCCAUCAGAGCAAGACUUGGAGGUUGGACAAGCCCACGGAAAGUUACUCCUUUACAACCUCAUCAUGAACGAUGCUCAGUAAAUCACACAUAUACAUUUGAUGAGGAAGCAACAUGUACAGAUGAUGGAGAAGCACUUUCACAACCAACCAAGAAAUACAACGCAAAGGACUCAUUUUAUAAGUCCUCUACCCAAAAAGCUUAUGAAGUUGUUCCUUGGGACAACAUGCUCCCACCAAAACUCGAUCCAGAAGAAACAACAGUGGAAAAAGCUGCUGACCCUGUCUCACAGUGUUUUACACUGAAAAGAUACAAAAGAACACCAGCGAUAACUCAGAUGGUUGGUGGACUCUGGGACAGAUUUCAAACAAGAUCUUUCUUGGUACCAGUCAAGCCAGUUAAUUUUGUGAGUCCAAGUUCUAGAAGCAAAUACAUUCCUCUCUAUACUGGUUAUGUGCAGUCUACAAACGCUGAUGACAUUGACAACCCCUAUGGAGACAUCACAUCUCUAGCCAAGCCGCGGAGCUCUAAAAUUCUUUAUACAAACACAAGUUGCUCUACAAAUAUUCCAGGAUACACUGGUAAGGUUCAUUUCACAGCCACCCACCCAGCAAAUUCUGAGAUUCCAUCAACAACCCCAUCGCCAGAUUCAGAAGUGCACCAUGUCUUACGAAAAGAAAUGGAAGUUGACCUCUUCCGUCACCAGGCACCAUUGUCUCGAAUGGUCACGACUGUAAAACCCUAUAACCCCUUCAAUAAGAAGGAGAAGGAAACUGUAAGCUACUGAAGAAGGCUGGCCCUCUGACUGAGACUUCUAAACCUCAGCCUGGAGGAGGCACUGUGCAUGGUGCAAUGGUGAAAUAAAAGACCUGGGCAUGUUCUGAGUUUGUCCGUAGAAGUCAGAUGAGGUCUGGG